CCGGUCGCCAAUGACCUCCUUGUUUUGUCGUCCUCUCUGAUCCCCUUUCCCUCAGCCCAGCCAUGGCGAAUCUAUUCAGUUCGACAUGGCGCUCGUUUUGGCAUACCAUGACCUCCUAUGACCGUCAUGCCACCCACGAUUCACCCUAUCGCACUGGCAGACACGUUCCGCUCAGCCAAAGCCGCCAUGAACCUCUCACCUCCAUUGCUACCAGCGCCGCCGACUCUCGCCCCGACCUCUCUAAUCCUUACGAAGACGAGUCUCUCAAGGGCCUGGCCAACGCACAAUCUACCGAACUCAACGGUUCUCCGACCGAGCCGGGUUCCCCGAGCCGCCCUUACUCGCCCGGCAUGAGGUCGCUCGCAUCACAAAAACGAGGAUCUAACGAUCAGCCCGACGGCGCCGAGAUUCAGAUGCAGAGCUUCCACGACGGUGCUCCUCCCCCUCCGCCGGUCGCACACUCGUGGCGGAAGAUCGAGCGCUGGCUGGAACACAACUAUGAGGAACUGCUGGACAAUCUCGGCGAGGGAUGCACCCAGAAUGAUAUUAACGAAUUGGAACACGAGUUGGACUGCAGCCUGCCCUUGGAAGUGCGCGAGUCCUUGAUGCUCCAUGACGGUCAGGAGCGGCCCGGUCUGCCCACGGGUGUCAUCUUCAGUUGUAUGCUACUGGACUGUGAGGAGAUUGUCCAGGAGCGGAAGAACUGGAAGACCGUCAAUGACGAAUUCCUCAGCAACUCGAUGAUGCACAGUGCCCCCGUUUCUAGUUCCGCUGCGGGCUCUUCGGCCGCCGCAGGCUCGUCCCAGCAAGGCACGUCUUCAUGGCGGAAUGACCUGCUUGAUCGCCAGGACUCCCAACCUCCUGGUGCCGUGCAAAAAGCCUAUGCCCACCACGGUUGGAUCCCGAUUGCUCGUGACUGGGGCGGUAACCACCUCGCAAUUGACCUGGCACCCGGCCCGGCCGGGAAAUGGGGCCAGGUGAUUAUCUUCGGCCGUGACUACGAUUGCAAAUACGUGGUUGCUCGAUCCUGGUCUGCAUUCCUGGCCACCUUCGCGGACGAUCUCUGCAGCGGCAAGGUUAUUGUGGACGAAGAGACUAACGAGCUGCGGUUGAAGGAGUUCAAGUCGCAGUCUGUCAAUCCCCCGUACCUGGAGAUCCUGCGGUGGCGGACCGACCAGAAGUACGGCCGUCGCCCCCCGCGCCGACGUGGCCCCAACGGGUUGGGUGUGAACGCAGCCGGUAACCGCAGCAGCAAGGACUCCCCCUACGGCAGCCCGACUCGGGCUGAAGAGCGUGGCCGAUCGCCACACCGUUUCCCCAACCGCGGACCUGCCCAGAGCCCCAAGACUCAAUUCGGCAUGUCGAGCCCUCUCGCUCGCGUGACCGAAGAAACCUCCAGCUCUGUCGCCACCGCGGCCCCUACCAUCUCAGAAGACCCCCGGGAGCACGGCAGUAAGGAGGAGCAGGAAGAUCUGAUGGAGGUGGCCACCCCCCAGAUCUCCAACAAGGAGAAUGAAGGAUUCGAGAAGACCGAAUCGAAGUCAACAGACUCAGACAAGACCGAGAAGACCGACGAUGCGGCAGGACCCUCGAAUGUCAUGGACUCGGAGGUCCUCGGGGAGAUGAAGAACGUGGCCAUUUAG